AUGAGACCAGAUCAUCAAAAUUUAAUACGUUUGCAAAAACCAAAAACGUUUAUGAAACUCAACGUACACGGUGGCAAACCAAACCCAAAAGAGAGGGAAAAACCAGAAACCGAAAAACCAGAGGUAAACCCACCAAUUCUGGAAAUUUACGGAAUUCAUGGAAUUCUGGAAUACCACGAAGUUGGGAAACGGAAAAAUGGUGGGGGAAAACCCACCGACCAAAAAGUAAAAAACCUAACACUCAAACAAGACAGCAAGGAAAACGGUCGCAGGGAAAACCCCCACACCGCAAAUAAUAAAAUCGAAAACCGAGGGAAAAAAGAAAACACACUGUUCGCAGUUACAACAAUGGAACACCAGCAACCACUCACACUGAUUAAAACACAAAACCUCGGGUCAGUGGCACAGAGAAAACCAACACCAACAGACAGACCUACACCAUCAGUGGAAAUGAAAUUCCCAGACGAAAUGGUCAUCAUUGUUGGACUCACAAGCGGAAAAAACGUACAUACGACUAUGGAUAGCCGAUAA